AUGACCCAUCACUUAGGUGACAAUGAGUAUAAACUACGUAGUAUGGACGAGGUGAUUGGUGAAAGGGGAAAGGUGGAAGAUGAGCGUAGUCUCAUCAGAGCGCCAUCCAGGUCGAGCGUCAAGAGUCCAACAAAUGCUGAGGCCACUACCGGAGAUCCCACUUUAUCCUCUCGGCGGACUUCUCACCAAGAUGUCACACCGGGGUUCGUGUAUAUCCUUGCCUUUUUCUCCGCCCUCGGUGGCUUCCUCUUUGGCUAUGACACCGGGGUGGUGUCGGGUGCGAUGCUUCUACUUAAGAAAGAGAUGAACUUGAGCGCGUUUUGGCAGGAGCUUCUGGUAUCCAGCACUGUGGGAGCCGCCGCGGUGUCCGCUUUGGCAGGCGGCUAUCUGAACGGGCAUUUCGGACGGAGGAAAUGCAUCCUGCUGGCUAGUUUCAUCUUCUCGGCGGGUGGACUCAUCUUAAGCUUGGCCCCCACCAAAGAGGUCCUUCUUUGUGGUAGAAUCAUCGUCGGUCUUGGUUUGGGCAUUGCCUCAAUGACUGUACCAGUCUACAUAGCUGAGGUCUCUCCUCCUCAGCGUCGGGGUCAGCUGGUCACCAUCAACACACUCUUCAUCACUGGUGGUCAGUUCAUUGCCAGCUUAGUGGAUGGAGGUUUCAGCUAUCUGCAGAAGGACGGGUGGAGGUACAUGCUGGGCUUGUCUGUGGUUCCCGCUCUGCUGCAGUUCGCAGGGUUCCUCUGUUUGCCUGAGAGUCCUCGCUGGCUCCUGCAGAAAGGUUUUACCCAGAAGGCUCGGCAGGUACUCAGUCAAAUGCGGGGCUCUGAGAAUAUCGAUGAAGAGUACGACAGCAUCAUGACUAACAUAGAGGAAGAGGAGAGAGACUCGGAUGGUGGUGUGGUGAUCUGGCGUAUUGUGAAGUGUGCUCCCACACGCCGGGCUCUCAUUGUGGGCUGUGGCCUACAGAUGUUCCAGCAGCUCUCGGGAAUCAACACUGUCAUGUACUACAGCGCCACCAUCCUGCAGAUGUCGGGGGUGCGGGAUGAUAAGAUGGCCAUUUGGCUGGCGGCUGCCACCGCUUUCACCAACUUCCUCUUCACGCUGGUCGGGGUGUGGCUCGUGGAACGGGUGGGGCGCAGGAAGCUGACAUUGGGCAGCAUCGUUGGUACCGGUCUAAGUCUUAUGGUUCUGGCUGUUGGAUUCUUGCUCUCUGCUCAGGCCUCCCCUCCAGUGACCUUUCACCCCAGUGACCCGAACUUGUUGAACUCCACCUGUGUGCGUUAUGGGGUGUGUGAGCCCUGCAUGCUGGACCCAGACUGUGGAUUCUGUUACCGUGAGAACGCCACAGCCAUCUUUGACUCCUCCUGCGUCCCUGUCAAUCAAGCCAAUACAGAGGAGGCUAUCUGGGGCAGGUGUUCUAACGGCACCAAUGAGGUGACAGGUGCAUUCUGGGCCUAUAACUACUGCCCCACAUCUUACUCGUGGAUCGUUUUGUUAGGUCUGAUCCUCUAUCUGGCCUUUUUUGCCCCAGGUAUGGGCCCCAUGCCGUGGACGGUAAACUCUGAGAUUUAUCCCCUGUGGGCCAGGAGCACAGGGAACGCCUGUUCGGCGGGCGUCAACUGGAUCUUCAACGUCCUCGUCUCCCUCACCUUCCUGCACGUCGCCCAGUACCUCACCUACUACGGUGCGUUCUUUAUGUACUCGGGCCUGGCUCUGCUCGGGUUCCUGUUCGUUUUCGGCUGUCUGCCGGAGACCAAGGGCUGCAGGCUGGAGGAGAUCGAGUCCUUGUUCUCACAGCGUCUAUGUACCUGCGGUGCCUCCGAUGGCCAAAGUGUGCAUUACAUCAGGGUAAAAGGAGGAAACUAUCGCUCUGAGGAAGAUGUCUCUGAUGAAGAGUAG